AUGGCACCAGGUCGCAUAGACUCGCCUGCAGAGUCUCCAUCUGCUAGCAAAGGAAUUAAGCCGACUGUGUACCUCCUUGAUACUUUCCAUCCUACAGCCGUGAAACAUGCGCAAUCCUUGUUUGACGCCAUUCUUCCCGAUGAUAGUCGACAUGCUGAGUGGCGUGAAAAGGCGGAGUAUCUGCUCAUCCGCAGCUCGUACCUGACAGCGGAUGAUGUGAAGUCGGCCCCUAGACUCAAGGCGCUUGGCAAGCAAGGUGUUGGUAUUGAUAAGAUCGAUGCUGCAGCAUGCCGCGAACGCAACAUCAAAAUCUUCAAUACUCCCGGCGUCAAUGCACAGGCUGUUGCCGAAACAGUACUCACUCUGACCAUGUCUGUGGCACGUCAAGUAGGCCGCAUUAUCGCACUGCAAAGCGCUGGACAGACCAUUCCAAAGGAAAAGUGUUCUGGUCUCAUAGUAAGCCAAAAGACCAUUGGAAUAGUCGGCAUGGGAAACAUAGGCCAGAAGGUGGCCAAGAUAUUCCAGGGAGGCUUGGGCUGCAGCAUUAUCGCAUAUGACCCACUGCUGCCGGAAGACGCGUGGGCCGACAUACCUCACACACGCGCUAAAUCGUUGGAGGAAGUUCUGGAGAUUUCUGAUGUCGUUACACUUCACAUCCCUCUCCUCCCUCAGACGCGAAAUCUCAUCGAUUAUACACAAAUCUCCCGGAUGAAGCGGAACGCGAUUCUCAUCAAUACCGCACGUGGCGGCAUCAUUAAUGAGGCCGACUUAGAGCGAGCGCUGAAAGAGGAGCUCAUCUUUGGCGCGGGUCUUGAUUGCCAUGAGCAAGAGCCGCCCACACAGGAGCGAUAUGGCGGGCUUUGGGGUACCGGUCGCGUACGAUUGAUCGAUUGGCCGAGUACAUAA